AUGGCAGUCGCACGCGGUACUCAAACAUCUGCAUCACUUCACAAUAGCUACACUGUGCUGAACCCAAGAAGAAGAGUGGGCAACCCCUACAUCACCACCAUUGAUUUCAUUUCUAUUGUCAUUGGGCUCUACGGAUACCACGAAGUCACGUCAUUCCAAUUACCACCACACUUGAAAGACGCAGGCCACUGGCAAUUCCUAACCAACUUGUCCCUAGUCUACUCCCUUUUCGUAUUCAUUGUUGGAUUCGUUGCUCAUGUAACCAAGUCGCAAACAUUAUUCCUAUUCAAGAACAAUUUGCACCCCAUUGGCUUGGCUUUAGAGACAAUCGUUGCUGGAGUGUACUGGCCAUUACGCUUAUUCUUUCUUCAUUUAUUGACUAAGGACCCUGACAAUUUCAAUUUGCCAUUGGUGACUGACUUGUGCAUCCACUUGAUGCCAGUUACAAGUUUACUUGUUGAUUAUUUGGUGUUUAUGCCGCGUUGGACAAUCAGUGAUAACACCGCAUUGGGAUUCGUGGUGUUGUUGACGACUUUUUAUUGGUUCUUGUUGGAUAACUUGAUUGAUGUUGAAAAGGGCGGUAGUUAUCCGUAUGAGUUUAUGAAUGUUGAAAAGGAUAGUCAACGUAUUGGUGUGUUUGUUGUGGUUGCGGUUGUUGCAUUUGCUCAGUUUUUGGUUAUGAGACGGGUUUAUGAUUGGGUUGUGGGCAAAACUGAGGAGGCUUCUGAGCUUAUUGAUGAGGAGCUAGAUAAGAAAGAGUUGUGA